AUGGCGCAGCAUAUCCGUGAGAUCAAUACAGCCGUCCAGAUUGCGGUAGUCGCUGGUGUGGUUCAGAAGGAGGCUGUAUCUGUUCGCAGUCCGCUUCACGCUUUUGCGCGCGAGGGGAAUUUCAACCUUGUUGCCCUUCGUCUCUCGGCCAACAAAUACUCGGGCAGGGGCUCGACGGAUACUGGAAACAGACUCUUCAGCACACAGCUUUCGCCGACGGCUAGAAGACAGCAGGAAGCAUCAUUUCAAACGGAAAUGCGAAAGAAGGUUGGACUUAUGUACCAGCAGCAACUGCAACGCGUAGAUAGUCUGGAACAAUGGCAACCCCAGCUCGUGGCCCAAAAAACGUCGGGCGGAACGCAGGGUGCGGACUCCGACCACUCUGGGCAGAGCCAAGCGGAAUCCCAACAGCAAAGCCCAGCUGUCCGAUCAGCGCAACAUGAUAGGGUGUCUGACGUGGCGCAAACAGACCAUGUGGUACACGAGCCGCAGGCGAGUCAGGCUCACCAUGAAGGAGAACAGAAUCAGGGCAGUCAGCGAGUCCCGCAUAACCGGGUGGCGGGAUCGUCAGGAUCCAGCCACAUUCGAGUGUCCCGUCAGAAUCACUAUCAGAAAGACCCGGACCAAGCAAUUCAGCCGACACUGAGCAAUGGUACAUCGCAAUCGACGCAAACAAAUGAUGUUUCGGAAAGGAUUCAGCACCAGGAUUCGCAGCGUCCAGCCAUAAAGCAGGAAGAAGAAAGCCAAAACGAGGAACAACAACAGCGUGCGCCCCAGCCAACUCGAGUCCGGAAUAACCGGCGGACAAUCACCGAUCAGUGUUUAAGGCAAAGAGGGAUUACCAGGAGCACCUCUGGGUUUGUGCCUCCGCGAUCAGAACAUGAGCGCCGGCGAAAAGUCUCUCUUUUAUCGGUCCUGCCGAUGAUAAUGGAAGCAUUGCAACAGACCCGGUCUCUCUCACAGUCGAGGGUGACCAAGCAGGAAUUGAAUGGAUCGAGGGAUCCCUUGUGCGAUUGCUAUGGGGCUCUUUUCGCCUCCUCUUUCCCGUUUCUGAUGCUGGCGACCUAUAUAGGUACUUGGGAAUUUUCGCUUACGGCCAUAAUGGCGCAGGCUGGUGAGAAGAUGAGACUUUACCAACAGCAGAAAACGAGCAAGUAG